UAUUCGUCAAAAUUAACAGAUUUGCAACAAUUCUAGUGUAGUAUUACUACUUAGUGUAUAUUUUUUGUUUUCAAACUCGAGCAGAAAAUGUCCACAAUAAUCAUAGUCGAUUUAGGACACUGAAAUUCAUGUUGGUACAGUACUGAUCCUCGCAUCCCAUAUAAUAGUGUAACAUAAUGCAACUGACUUGGCUAUAAGCUUGGAUCAUAUGACAGUGUACAUUACCAAACAACUUGGGAGUUUUUUUGUCUUGAAUGACCUUUAGAAAUUCAGUCUGGGACAGCAGAGAAAUCUGCAUAGAAGCACAGUGUGUGUGACGUAGGUAGCACUCAGAUAACAACCAAUUAUUCUUGAGCAACCGCACAGUGUCAUUUGCAUCUAGUUGGUAUAUAGAUUUCACCUUCCCAGUGGCGCAGCAUUAUCGCUGAGUUUUCGAGAAAUAUUCGGUCAUGCCUGAAGUUGUGAAAGCGCCCAAGAAGGGCUCCAAGAAAGCCGUGUCUAAGGCCGUCAGCAAGGGCGGCAAGAAGAAGAGGAAGACCAGGAAGGAGAGCUACGCCAUCUACGUCUACAAGGUGAUGAAGCAGGUCCACCCCGACACCGGCAUCUCCUCCAAGGCCAUGGGCAUCAUGAACUCGUUCGUGAGCGACAUCUUUGAGCGCAUCGCCGGUGAGGCCUCUCGUCUGGCUCACUACAACAAGCGCUCCACCAUCACCUCCCGGGAGAUCCAGACCGCCGUCCGCCUGUUGCUGCCCGGCGAGCUGGCGAAGCACGCCGUGUCUGAGGGAACCAAGGCCGUGACCAAAUACACCAGCUCCAAGUAGACCACCAACACCACCAAAAACAACGGCUCUUUUAAGAGCCACCCACUUCUACUAAAGAUCAUCUCCUGAUGCUGUAACUUAAUGUAUGAAACGUAGUUUUAUGGAAUACUUCUUUCACUUA